UGAUGUAGCAGCUGUUCAAUCGGAAGUUCCCACCGUGUGACAGACACUUUGGUACAGUGUAAAAACGCUGCAACGAUAUCAAACUUGUGACAGUUUGUCCUAUUCCGUAAAAUGGCUUAUCCGGGAUACGGCGGGUAUGGGGGUCCAAUGCCAGGAAUGCCAGGUCAGGGGAUGCCUCCCCAAGGAAUGCCAGGUGGGCCCAUGGGAGCACCAAUGGGAGGGCCAAUGGGAGCCCCUAUGGGGGGCCAUAUGGGGGGGCCCAUGCAUGGGCAAAUGGGCGGACCCAUGGGGGGCGCACCACCACAUGCCGCCUAUGGAGGAGGCUAUCCCGUCUCGUUCGGCGCCCCGGCCCCAGCCGCCAACGAUCCAAUGUGGGGUUACUUCACCGCCAUCGCAGGACAGGACGGCGAGGUCGAUGCAGAGGAGCUGCAGAGGUGUCUGACCCAGUCUGGUUUCUCCGGCAGCUACACACCGUUCAGCCUGGAGACAUGCAGGAUCAUGAUCGCAAUGCUCGAUAGGGACUUCACAGGCAAGAUGGGCUUCAAUGAGUUCAAGGAGCUGUUCACCGCUCUCAACGGCUGGAAGCAGAACUUCAUGGUGUUUGACCAGGACAGGAGUGGAACCGUCGAACCUCACGAGAUGACUCAGGCAAUCGGCACUAUGGGCUACCGCGUCAGUCCUCAGGUUCUGAACAUAAUCAUGAAGCGCUACAGCAAAGGAGGGAGAAUCUACUUCGAUGACUACGUGGCCUGCUGUGUCAAACUGCGAGCUCUCACGGAGAACUUCAAACGGAGAGAUACCAUGCAACAGGGAUCAGUCAACUUCCAGUAUGACGAUUUUAUCCAGUGCACGAUGGCCAUCUGAGCUCCGCCGUCCGUUCCACACCACGAGGUCGGGGCGCCGGACGAACCAGUCAGUGGUGGAUUCUGGACCGCCGCCUCACGGGAACGCAAAGGGAGGCCAGUAUUAGACUGAACGGCCGCAACAGGGAAGUACCCGCUGUUUUUAACGCUCGCUGUGAUGCUUUAGUCUUGUGUGUGACAAAGGGAGGUGCUGAGGAUGUUUCAGGUGUACACUCAUAUAAACACGCUAUAUUAGAGGGAACCAGAACACACGUCAGAGUCUUUUAAGCCCUUGUGUGUAGAUUUACCACUUUCUAUAUAAAAGUUGCAAAAUAUGUGUUUCAAUAAUUAGAGAAAUGCUGUAAAACAUUAAAAAUUACACAGAGUCUUUAAAGAAAUGAAAUUUAAAAGUUUUAGUCAAAGAAUGUAGGAAUUGAUCAGAUAUCUUCUGCUGAACUGAAUAUUCUGCUUUGGGUCUCUCAUUUUGGAAAGCCAGUGCAAAGUGAACAGAUACUUUGAGGACACUCUGUCCUGUGAGACACUGUUUGUGCCAUUCUAACCUCUGAAUGUACGGACUUAUAUAUUUAACCCUUUUGUGUACAUAACUUAGUGAUGGCAGCAUCAUGAGUCAUGAUUAAAUGUUAGCAGCAUUUCCAUGUAACAUGACGCUGAUUUACACUGAAUUUCAUACAGUUUAAGUGCAUUUUCUCAUUCUUUGUCAUUCUUAUAGAUGCAUAUUAGCUUGGUGUUUAAAGGGGCAGUUCGCCUCAGAAUGUGUCCUCUCAGCUGUAGUGCUGUUUCUGAAUUACGGUUGUUUUGGUGUGAUUUGUGAUUUGUGUCGGAGAUGUCUGCCUUCACUGCAGUAUAAUGGAAGUAGAUGCUGCUCAGCUUGAGGAGCUCAAAGAGCCAAAAAUAAACUCACUCAACAGCAGGUCAUGAUUUCUGGAGGGAAACACUGAUGGCGAGUUACUCCAGUGUAUUUUUUUUGGCUCUUUGAGCACCAAAAGCCUGAGUGGCUAAUAUCUCCAACACGCUGCAACUCAAACCAAAACUCCACAUUGCUUAACAGCACUACAGGUGAGAGGGAAAAGAUGCAUUUUUGAUUUUGGGGUGAACUGUCCCUUUAACUUGAUAAGAAGCCAAAGUGACUGUGAGCCAAUCUAAAUCCACACUGAUACCUGUUGUUAAUGAUCGUGACAUGUUGUCGUAAACAUCACAUUUUGUUACUCACAUUAAACACUUUCUAAUCAGUA